AGUUCCGCGUGUGCUCGUAAUUUACAAAUAUACAAUAUGUACACGCAUUUUUGCAUGCACAUUUGUAUAAUGCAGUAAUGCAAUAAAAAGAAAAACAACGCAAUUAAAAAUACAAAUUAUAAAUACAGAUAUUCCUAAGUGCAAAAUUCCAUUUGCCUUUAGACAUAACGUUGUAGUACUAGUGGCAAGGAAGCCAUCAACCGACCAAUCAAAUAAGAAUCUACUUCAGCUGCUUGAUUGUGCCAGUCGCAGAAAGACACCCACAAGAAGUACAGGGAGGAAGGACAAUAAAAACACAUAACUGGAAAUUCGCACCAACACUAAUAAUAACACAACAACAAAAGCAAUAGGUGUUGUACAACACUUAAAAUGGUGCACGGUCCGCCCACUCGCAAGAAAUCACAAGCGAGCAAUGGAAAUGGGAACGCGGCCUGCGACAUGGAACUGGAGCCACUGCCCACUCCUCCGGACGGUGGCUGGGGCUGGGUGGUGGUCUUUGGCUCUUUCAUGAUACACAUUGUCACUGAUGGCAUGACAUAUUCCUUUGGCAUAUUCUACAACGAGUUCUUAACGUACUUCGACGAGGGCAAAGGUUAUACAGCAUGGGUGGCUUCCAUUAUGGUGGGAGUGACGUUUGCUUCGGGCCCUAUUAGUUCGUCGUUCGUUAACCGUUACGGCUGUCGAGCGGUUACUAUAGCCGGCGCCAUAAUAGCCGCCAGCUGCAUCAUACUCAGUGUCUUCGCGCAGAAUGUGCUGACGCUUAUCCUUACCAUUGGUUUCGGAACUGGCCUGGGAUUUGGGCUUAUAUAUUUGCCCGCUAUUGUCAGUGUGACGCAAUAUUUCGAAGCCAGGAGAUCCCUGGCGACGGGCAUUGCAGUCUGUGGCUCCGGCUUUGGCACUUUUGUAUUCGCCCCCCUAACAAACUACCUAAUUGGGUCUUAUGGGUGGCGGGGUGCUAUGCUUAUCAUUGGCGGCGUUGUGCUCAACUGCAUUAUCUUUGGUGCCAUGUUUAGGCCUCUGGAGGCACCUCCGUCGGCUGCCAAGCAGUCCAAAAAGACGACCAUCAUAGAUCAAAAUACGACAUCUGCAGAACUGAAGCCUUUGAAAGCAAAUUGCCUUAAGCAGACAGAUCAAUACUUGCAGCUGCCGCCACGCAAUGAGAGUGGCUCAACCUUGUGUCGCUCAAAUAGCGUAGGUCACAAUCUGAAGCCGGGUCUGAACAAUAACUCGAAUAGUGCCGUGAAUGGCUUGGCUCCGCCCAUGACAGUUAAAAGCACUAGCAAUGAUGACAUUUCACGUGUGUUCGCUAGUCAGCCUCAGCUGAAUCCACUGCGUGAUGGACAUCGGGAGCACUCCGCUAGCGGCACAAUGUACCGACCCGAUGCGCUUUAUCAGGGAUCGCUGCACAACAUACCCGAGUAUGUGAGCUCUCGCAAUGAUCUUUCUGGUUCAGGCAUCAUCAAGCGCUACGGCUCGUUACGGCAGAACAAUCAGCUGACUCCAAAUCAGGAGAUUGAAAAAUGCUGCGGCUGCAUCAGCUGUUCGAAGGAGACGCGCGAUACCUUCGCCGAAAUGAUGAAUUUCUCGCUGUUGAAGGACGUCGUCUUCAUCAUCUUUGCCGUCUCGAAUUUUUGCACCAGCAUCGGCUUUAACCUGCCCUACGUGUAUAUCGUCUCUCAGGCAGAGACGCUGAACAUCAGCAGCACGGAUUCGAGCUACCUCAUUGCCAUCAUUGGUGUUGCCAACACUGUUGGCCGCAUUAUUUUGGGCUACAUAGCGGACAAGCCGUGGGUUAAUCGACUGCUUGUUUAUAAUGUAUGUCUGACGGCGUGCGGUAUAGCCACUGUCUUAGUGCCUCUGUGCGAUGAUUUUAACUCGCUGGCCCUCUACUGCUCAGUCUUCGGUUUUACAAUUGGAGCCUAUGUGGGUCUGACUUCGGUCAUUCUGGUCGAUCUGCUGGGCCUCGAGAAGUUAACCAAUGCCUUCGGACUACUUUUGCUAUUUCAAGGCAUCGCCAGCUUCAUUGGGGCACCAAUUGGCGGUUGGAUGUUCGACAUCACCAAAUCGUAUUCGCCGGCAUUCAUCAUGGCUGGCCUGAUGAUUGCCAUCAGUGGGGUGGUCAUGUUCGCCAUACCGCCUCUGCAGCGCUACCAGGAGCACAAGGCUGAAAAAAAACAGAAUUCCGAACAGUUAGCUUUAAGUUAGUGUCAGGUGUUGCCGGGCGAUUGGGGGCCGAUGCGCCCCGUACCUUUGGUAUUGCUUUUACUCCGUUGUUUUUUUGUCUUAUUCAUAUUUUCUUUCGCUAGUUUCUAAGUGUGACUUUGCAAAUGCACUUGCAAAAACAUUUGAUAUUUCAUUAUCAUGUGAUGACAUUGCUCCAUAGAGCUUCAACGAUAAAUCACAUGAGCACGACAAAUAAUGAUAGGUUAGCUAUUAUAUAAUCGUUAUAUAUAUAUAUAUACACACAAAGUAGGUAAAAAAAAUAUUUAUAAAAUAAAA